UAUUUUUGUUCCGGUCUCUUUCCAUGGUCUCUGAUAGGACCCGAAGAGAAACAGGAUUGGACAAUGGCGAGAUGUGGAGCCCCGGCAGGGGAUUGUGGAUAUGACCUUUGACCUGAUGCGUGAACCGCUCCUGGGGACAUAUGAGAUCGAAGGAAUGCAGAACCAGAGGAGACAAUUCCAUCAUAAUUUCAGUGUGGAGGAGUACGUUUUACCCACGGCUGAGUUGAAGGUGAAAAUGCCAAAACAAAUCACAAUUUUUGACACAACAAUCCACAUUGAAGUGUGCGGAAGAUACACAUACGGGAAACCUGUGAGGGGCCAGGUGAAUGGAACUGUUUGUUUGGGUCAUAUGACUCAUGAUCCUGACCCUAUUCUUUGUCAGAUCAUUGUAGGUGAGAUGGAUUUGAACGGCUGUCUGUCUACAGAUGUCUCCACUGAUGUGUUUCCCUUCAGAGAAAGACCAAACCAAAGACUCAUUGAUGCGCAGUUUGUCCUGACAGAGGAGGGGACAGCUUCAGAAGGACACUUCCAGCUAUCCCUCCCUGUCAGGGCUGAUCUCUCUCCGAUUGCUCGUCUCUUGGUCUUUGCCACUCUUCCUGGUGGAGAAAUAACUGGGGACAGUGCAAACUUCCAGGUCUCCCAAUGUUUCCAGAACAAGGUGAGCCUCCAUUUCUCUGUAGCUGAAGACCUGCCCAAAAGUCACAUCAGCCUCAAUCUUCACGCUGAGCCGAACUCUCUCUGUGGGCUACGGGUGGUCGAUCGUAGUGUGCUGCUGCUGAAACCGGAGACAGAACUUACCCAAGGCAGUAUCUACUCCUUGCUGCCAGUGCAGGAUCUGCAGAAUUAUUCAAACGAUCUCAAGAGCCAUGAGGAACAUUACUGCAAGCUCCAAGAUCCCUUUUCAAAGCCUGAGCCCAGUGGGCUAGCAAUGGGAGACCUCGGACAACUUCUCAAGGACAUGGGACUGCAAAUUCUGACAGACACUGAAUUUCACAAACCCACCAACUGUUUCAUCGAUAAGGUUUAUGACGACUCCAUAAUGUAUAUGAAGUUUUUUGAUGCAGCAGACUACUUGGAAAUGGAUGAAAUGUCAGUAAUAGCAGAGGAAAUGUUAGACGCGUCUAACGAACUCAACAUCAACAUUGAAGCUAACAAAAUUCAACCACCCAGACGCAUCAUCGAAAUCCGAAAAUACUUUCCCGAGACAUGGAUUUGGGAUCUUGUCCCUGUCAGGUAAAUC